AUGGCGGCACAGGCGGCGGCGGCGGCGCAGGCGGCGGCGCAGGCGGCGGCGGCCGCGCAGGUAGCCGCGGCUCAAGCAGCGCAGGCCGAGGCAGCCGAGUCGUGGUAUUUGGCUCUCCUGGGGUUCGCCGAGCAUUUCCGCACGUCCAGCCCGCCCAAGAUCCGCCUGUGCGUUCACUGCCUUCAGGCCGUGUUUCCGUUCAAGCCGCCUCAGCGGAUCGAGGCCCGUACGCAUCUGCAGCUCGGCUCGGUGCUUUACCACCACACGAAGAAUAGCGAGCAGGCGCGCAGCCACUUGGAGAAGGCGUGGUUGAUAUCACAGCAAAUCCCACAGUUUGAAGAUGUUAAAUUUGAGGCAGCAAGCCUAUUGUCAGAGCUGUAUUGUCAAGAGAACUCUGUGGAUGCAGCGAAGCCACUGCUGCGGAAAGCCAUCCAGAUCUCACAGCAGACGCCAUACUGGCACUGCCGCCUCCUCUUCCAGCUCGCCCAACUGCACACACUGGAGAAGGACCUGGUAUCAGCCUGUGACCUCCUGGGCGUGGGGGCUGAGUAUGCCCGAGUGGUGGGAUCUGAAUAUACACGGGCACUAUUCCUGCUCAGCAAGGGGAUGUUGCUGCUGAUGGAGCGCAAACUGCAAGAGGUGCACCCAUUGCUCACACUGUGUGGGCAAAUUGUGGAGAACUGGCAGGGCAACCCCAUCCAGAAGGAAUCCCUGCGUGUCUUCUUCCUGGUGCUGCAGGUGACCCACUACCUGGAUGCUGGGCAGGUGAAGAGUGUCAAGCCAUGCCUAAAACAGCUGCAGCAGUGCAUUCAGACCAUCUCCACGCUACACGACGAUGAGAUCCUGCCCAGCAACCCUGCUGACCUCUUCCACUGGCUGCCCAAGGAGCAUAUGUGCGUUCUCGUCUACCUGGUCACAGUGAUGCAUUCGAUGCAGGCUGGCUACCUGGAGAAGGCGCAGAAAUACACAGACAAGGCACUCAUGCAGUUAGAAAAGCUCAAGAUGCUGGACUGCAGCCCCAUCCUGUCAUCCUUCCAAGUGAUCCUGCUAGAGCAUAUCAUCAUGUGCCGGCUCGUCACAGGCCACAAGGCCACCGCACUACAGGAGAUUUCCCAGGUCUGCCAGCUGUGCCAACAGUCCCCCCGGCUCUUCUCCAACCAUGCUGCCCAGUUACACACACUGCUGGGCCUGUACUGUGUCUCUGUGAACUGCAUGGACAAUGCUGAAGCCCAAUUCACCACAGCCCUGCGGCUCACCAACCACCAGGAGCUAUGGGCCUUCAUUGUGACCAACCUUGCGAGUGUGUAUAUACGGGAAGGAAAUAGACACCAAGAGGUACUGUACAGUUUGCUCGAGAGGAUAAACCCAGACCACAGCUUCCCAGUCAGCUCACACUGCCUCCGAGCAGCAGCUUUCUAUGUACGUGGGCUCUUCUCCUUCUUCCAGGGCCGCUACAAUGAAGCCAAGCGAUUUCUGCGAGAAACUCUAAAGAUGUCGAAUGCAGAGGACCUGAACCGCCUCACAGCCUGCUCCCUCGUGCUGCUGGGUCACAUCUUCUAUGUGCUGGGGAAUCACAGGGAGAGUAACAACAUGGUGGUGCCUGCCAUGCAACUGGCCAGCAAGAUCCCAGACAUGUCUGUGCAGUUGUGGUCAUCGGCCCUCCUGAGAGAUCUAAACAAGGCAUGCGGGAAUGCCAUGGAUGCCCAUGAGGCUGCACAGAUGCACCAGAACUUCUCCCAGCAGCUGCUACAGGACCACAUUGAGGCCUGCAGCCUCCCAGAGCACAACCUCAUUACGUGGACAGAUGGCCCACCCCCUGUGCAGUUCCAAGCUCAGAAUGGACCCAACACCAGCCUGGCCAGCCUUCUGUGAGGCCCUUCUGGCCUGUGUCCCCAACUUGGACCCAACACUGGAGCUCUCUGGGAACAAAACCACCAGGGUAUCUACCAGCCCCUCACCGUUGUCCAGAGCUGAGUGAGUCCCAGGAGUGCUGCAGCCGUCAUCUGCCUCUGAGGGUGACAGCUGAUCCCUGCCUGUACCAAGACUCAGUGCCAUCUCUUGGAGAGGACUGAUGUCCUAAUCUGUGUCUGAAUAGGAUGACAAUCUGUGUACAGGGCCAUCAUCAGACUGUUCAACCAAACCUUGGUGCCGACUACCUAAGUGCAACAGCACAAAGCAGCCUCCAGGCCAGAGCAAGCUGAUGGUAGAGAAAUAACCCUCACUUUCCUCAUCCUGCUGUUCUUCCAGUGUCCCUGCACUCAGGGACUUCUGAGGACCUGGAAGUCAGCCUCUUGUCCUGACUGUUCCUGGAAGGUGAUCUUUGUGCAGGGGAGGAGCUUGGGACCAGGUGUGCAUGUACAGUUGAUGGCAGCUGAGACUUUGGGUACCCACCUUGCCUUUGGCAAUCUCCUUGCCUCUUGGCCCAGGGUACUAGGCAGAAGUCCCGCUGGACCUGACUGAAGGAGUUUCCUUCCUGGGCAGCUGUGCGGCCUUCCCAUGGAGGACAGUUACGGGACCAUCUCAGCUUCUCUUGGCUUAUGGGCUCCACCAAGGGUGACACAGUGAUGUCAAGGGACAAUGGUUCCUGCCAGUUUGUGGUACCUAGAAAGGUACUCUCUUUGGUGGCGAAGAUGGUGCUUGGGAGCUGUCUGUCACCCAGGCACCAUGAAGGCCACUUCUCAGAGCUUUGGAAUCCAUGACUGAAGGGACAAGGUUCCAAGGCCUUCGUGGACAUCGUCACUGAACCACGUGGCAGCCACUGCCCAAGGCUAGGUGCUCCCAACCUUUUCAUCUUCCUCCAGCCCCUUGGGUCCCAGGGACCCCCCUCAGUGUCUGCAUUGCAGCCCUGCCUAUUUAUUUAAGCUUUCUUUUUUUUU